AUGUCAACAAGCGCAUCUCUGCCAAAGCGGCAACGAGCGAUCGUGAUCGAGAAUCCAGGGAGAGAGGCCCAGAUAACAAUCCAAGAUGUUGACGUGCCCGAGUUUGGUGGUGAAGACGUGCUUAUCCGCGUCACCCACAGUGGAAUCUGUCAUGCGGAUCUCGCCUUCGCCUUCGACGAGUGGCAUCAACUGGGGUUCGGGCUCGAGAAUAGCAAAACCCCCGGGCACGAAGGCGUGGGGGAGGUUGUUGCCGUUGGGCACAAAGUGACCAAUCUGAAGGUCGGGGAUCGCGCCGGAACGAAGUGGCUACGCAGUGUCUGUGGGAAAUGCAAUUACUGCCAAGAGGGCAUGGAGAACCUUUGCUGGCAGCGCAAGCUCUAUGGACAUAGCACCCCUGGCUCUUUUCAACAGUACAUCACCUCGCCGGGAACCUUUACGCCAAAAAUCCCAGCAGAGAUUUCUGACGAGGAAGCCGGACCGCUACUUUGUGCGGGCGUGACAAUGUUCCGCGCUCUCAAGAUCAGUAAGGCUAGGCCGGGGGACUGCGUAGUUAUCAUUGGUGCAGGCGGAGGCCUCGGACAUCUUGGGAUUCGGUUCGCAAAGAAGAUGGGCAUCCGGACUGUGGGCAUCGACGGCGGCGACAAGAAGGAGUUCUGCGAGUCGCUUGGGAUUGACCAUUUCGUCGACUUCACGAAAACCGAAGAUGUCCCCCUCUCAGUGCGCAGGAUCACAGGAGAUGGAGCUCAUGCGGUGCUGGUCGCGAUAGGGAGCCGCACAGCGUAUAUACAGGCCGCGGAAAUGCUGAGGCCUGCGGGGAUGUUGGUGUGUAUUGGCCUCCCUCCAGAAUCAUUAGCAGGACCACUACAUGUUAUCGAUAUCAUUACACACGGUUACUUUGUAACUGGAGUGAAUGCCAGCAGCUUGAAGGAGGUCCAGGAAACACUGGAGUUUGCUGCUAAGCAUGAUGUUCGUCCUGUGGUGAAGGUACUGCCGCUGGACAAGGCAGCCGAUGCUUUUCAGUUGUUAAAGAAUGGUCGAGCACUGGGGAGAAUCGUAUUGGAUUUGAGAUAG